CACACACUGCAUUUGGCUGAAGUUCGUCACUUCAGCAGAGGCAGCGCGCAGUCUCCCCGCGGUGAAGCCGCUCUGAGUGAAGAAGAUGCGUGGAAACAGAAGCGAUCACGGAUAAAAACCUCAACCCGCUCAGAGAGGCGCUGAACGUGGCCGGGACGCUGGGAUGCGAGUCGCUGAGGAACUAACAGCAUUGGCGGCGAUGUGAGACUCAUAUAUGCCGUUUCUGGUGACUUACGUCGACGAUGUUCCUCUCAUGGUCUGUUACGGUCGUCGCGGUUGCCUUGCUGGUCGUGCAGCAGUGCGCAGGUGAGAAGACGUCCUGCGUGCUGUGGUCCAGCGCCGGAGCCGUGGUGCAGCGAGGCUCCGGCUUCGUGGUGUACUGCACCUUCUUCCCAGGAUGUAAGACCCACCGGUCCAUGUACAUCGACGGGCGCACCAAACCCCCAUACGAAUGGCUCAACGACACAACCAUAUCCCUGAGGGUGGAGAACAUUACGAAGGAGAGGACAUACAGCUGCACGUCUGACUGCAACCCGCCGCUGGACGACUGUGGACUGGACAUCACGGCUGGAUACCCACCAGAUAAGCCCAAAAACAUCUCAUGCACCUACAGGAUCCUGAAAAAUGACACCAGGAGAGUGAAUUGCUCCUGGGACAGAGGAAGGGACACCUACCUCAACAACCGCUUCGUGGUGCGGGUUGGAACUGCAAGUGGAAACCAAACAGGACUGGUGUGGAACGUGUCCGGCACAUCUGCCAAUUUCACUUUACCCAGAUCUGUCCAGCUCAUGUCGGUGCAGAUUGAAGCCCACAACUCCCUGGGUUCUGAAAAUUCCUCCAUCGUCAGCUACAACCUCAGUGACAUCGUGAUGCCAUCGACGCCCGUUGUUGAUCAAGUCGAGUGCUCUUCCAGGAACUGCACCAUCAAAGUGGAACAGCCUGUGAGGACUCCGCAUCUGCAAAUCCAAUACUGUGAAAAGCAGCAAUGCAACUGGACAACUUAUCCAGACUCUGUUGGACUGACGACUUCAUUCGAGGCCAAGCACAUCCCCUCUUUGGAGCCGUGCAGUGUGUACAGUUUCAGAGUGCAGUCCAGAUUCAGCACUGGCCUGUGGAGCCCGUGGAGCGCAGAAGUCUCCAGCGUGACUGAAGAAGAGGCUCCUGCCCAACAUCUGGAUGUGUGGCUCGCUGCAGGCCCCGACUUCAGAUCCAUGAGAGUCUACUGGAACGAGUCCAGCAUAUCCGUCUGCAGAGGGAGCAUCGUUCAGUACACCAUCAGAGUGAACAGCAGCAACCUGACGGUCGUCACGAACGUCAGCGCAGACGUGAAGAACCACUCUGUCCCGUUCUGCUCCGACUGCGCAGUGACGGUGCAGGCAGUGAACUCUAAAGGCUCGUCGCCUCCUGCAACCAUGACAACGCGUCACACAACAGCCAAACCGAUUCUUGACGUUCAAGUAACAGCGGAGAACCACACUGUCGCCAUCUCCUGGAGAAAAGCUGAAACUGCACCCACCCACUACGUGGUGGAGUGGUACCCGGAGGGUCACGUGUUGGACGAGCUCAGAUGGGCCAGACUGGACGGAAAUGAAAACGUCGUCACCCUCACAGAUAUUAAUCCAUGGGAGUGCUAUGAAGGAGCGGUGUAUGUUUUCUACAACCAGAGCUCCGUCAGCAGGACCAGCUUUAAAGGGAUCGCCACGUUGGAAGCAGCUCCAGAAAUUGGUCCGUCGGCCCAAGAAAAGGUGGAGAGAAACAAGGUGACGGUGUCUUGGACGCAGCUUCGCAGGGCGCAGCGCAGGGGAUGCAUCACAAAGUUCACCAUCUACCUAGAGAACAGCCACGGAGUCCAGACGCGUUACUCAGCAGAAGCAUCGCAGACAUCGUAUCCCAUCGAAGGUCUUCCUCCUGAUUCCUACAGCUUGUGGAUGAGCGCUUCGACCUCGAAAGGAGAAGGUCCUACCGGUCAGAAGAUCAAGUUCUACAUCGAGGAAGACGACCAUCUCUCCACUGUGCUGAUGUGUGUGUUCGUCACCGUGACGGUGCUGUUUACUCUGUUUCUGUGGAAGAGCUCAGUAGUAAAGCACAGGUUCAAAGAGAUUUUCCAGUGCCUGAUGCCUGAUGUUGUGCCAGACCCUGCAAACAGCAAGUGGGCAAAAGAGUGCACCAAAGAGAAGGGCAAGAUGAACCUGCAUCUCCCGUCUCACAACUCCAGUUUCACUGACCCAGAAGAAGAGACCAUCCUGGUGGACGUGGAGGAGCUGUGCAGGCGGAUGGGGGACUCCUCCUCGCCCAAGAGCGACCGCUUGGCGUUCCCUCCCGAGAGCGGCGAGGGCCAAGAGACCGAGCUGUCGGCCCUGCUCUAUCCUCCUCUGACUACCUACAUCAAAAGCCUCUCACACGACUCGGACAGCUCCGGCCACACGCAGACCUCCCUGGACACGAACACGACCAUCGACUACAUCUCGUCCCACGGGCAGGACAAUCUGGACAACUACGACCAGGAGGACGAGGAGGAGUUUCCAGGGAUGCAGUUUUUCCCCAGCCUCAGCAUCCUCAUGGAGCCCGUGGGGUUUGGAGGGAAGCUGACCUUGGACGCAGUGAAAAUCGACUGCGGCGACUUCUUUCAGAACGUUUAGAGUGACCCGCCGAGCCUUUUCAAACUGAACUCUCAGCCGAGACGUGCAUGAACUACCUCCUUUGCUUUUAGAAAUCAUGAAGAACUGUCUCUCUGCAAGCCAAGCUUCAGUUCAGCAGAAAUCCUCUCAGGCAUUACAAUUGUUUUCCAAUGGAACGUCUAUGGACACACUAAGCAGAACUAAAAGAAAGAGACGAGGAAUUUUACUAAGGUUUGAUCUCUAAAAGGCAGAUUUGACUUCUCUUCAUAGGAGACGGUAUCGUAACAGCAUCAUCGUCCACCAUGAAUUUUGGGAUCUAUACCUAUUCUUCCUGUUACAUGCGCAGAUGUCUUCUAUUUAAAAAAGUCCACGUUUUUUUUUUUUAAAUACUGCUGUAUAUUAAUUGCUGCGCUCUUCAUUCUACCUCAAUGUGGAUGCAAAUUUGAUCAAAUUAAAACCGAAUCCUUUGUUUGA